GUCAUCACUCCGGGUCCUGUGAGUGGAAAACGUGGAGGACCUCCAUCACAACCUUCACAGAGAUUCACUGACACGGAUCUGUGACCGUCACCAGGAUGGAGUACAUGCAAGCUCCUGCCACCAGCAGCCAGGGGAACAUCCUGUGCUGCACCUGUGGUGUUCCUAUUCCUCCCAACCCGGCCAACAUGUGUGUCGCCUGCCUGCGUACUCAGGUCGACAUCUCAGAGGGAAUCCCCAAGCAGGUCACAGUAAACUUCUGCAAGCAGUGCGAGAGGUACUUGCAGCCUCCAACCUCCUGGAUUCAGUGUGCCCUCGAGUCCAGGGAACUGCUCUCACUGUGCCUGAAGAAACUCAAGAGCUCAAUGACCAAAAUUCGUCUUAUUGACGCGGGCUUCCUGUGGACGGAGCCACAUUCUAAAAGGAUCAAGGUGAAACUGACCGUACAGAAAGAGGUGAUGAAUGGUGCAAUCCUGCAGCAAGUGUUUGUUGUGGAGUUUGUCGUCCUGUCGCAGAUGUGUGACGACUGCCACCGUGUGGAAGCCAAGGACUUCUGGAAGGCCGUGGUGCAAGUUAGGCAGAAGACGGCCCAUAAAAAGACAUUCUACUAUCUAGAGCAGCUGAUCCUCAAGCAUAAACUCCACCAGAAUGCCCUCAACAUCAAAGAAAUCAAUGACGGGAUUGAUUUCUACUACGGCUCCAAGCAGCAUGCUCAGAAGAUGGUCGACUUCCUCCAGUGCACCUCGCCCUGCAAGUCAAAGACAUCCCAGCGCCUCAUCUCUCAUGACAUCCACUCGAACACGUUCAACUACAAGAGCACCUUCUCCAUGGAGAUUGUUCCCGUCUGCAAGGACAAUGUCGUGUGUCUCUCACCACGUCUCGCUCAGAGCCUGGGGAACAUGGGUCAACUGUGCGUGUGCACCCGUGUCACCAGCACGAUUCACCUCAUUGAUCCAAACACCCUGCAGAUUGCCGAGGUGGAUGGGAACACGUACUGGCGUGCCCCCUUCAACAAUCUCUGUAACCCGCGGCAACUGGAGGAGUUCAUCGUGAUGGACACUGACAUCAUCAGGGACCAGAAGCUGGGUGCAGGAGCGGGCUUGAGGUCCACUAGGCACAUCCUGGCUGAGGUGUGGGUUCAGAAAACAUCAGAGAUGAACACCAGUCAGCAGUAUCACUGCCGUACAUUCCUUGGCCACCUGCUCAACAUCGGAGACAUGGUGUUAGGGUUCGAUUUUGCCAACUCCAACGUCAAUGACGAGCACCUGAAUAAGAUGAACCCUCACCGCGUUCCUGAUGUGGUGCUGAUAAAGAAGAGCUACGACCGCAGCAGGAGGGUGAAGCGCAGGAACUGGAAACUGCAGGAGAUGCCCAGAGACCGUGAAGACAACGACACAGAUGACGAGAGACAAUACCAGGACUUCCUCGAGGACCUGGAGGAGGACGAGGCUCUGAGGAAGAAUAUCAACAUCUACAAAGAUGCGUCAAAGAUCCCUGUGGAGAGCGACGCCGAGGAUGAUGGAGCGCCACGUAUUUCCCUGACGGAGAUGCUGGAGGAGCUCAGCCUAUCAGACGCCACAGGAGGAGAUGGCGCCGACAUGAUGACAGAAUAACCAGUCACCAUCAGUGUGUCACUGAGGGCUCAUCUGUCAACCACAGGUCCACUGAUGAGGCGGUCGUACCAAUGAAACAGACCGCUAAUUCUGAACUGACACGACUGAUGAGGGAUUCAAACAAUCGAUUGAGGCUUUUUGUUGAUUGAAAUGAAUCAUCACAGUUAAGUCAGUUAAAUGUGGAUUAUAUCGGUGCCACUAAGUAACAUAAGUUUCCUCUGAGAAACGGGACCUUCAGUUACUGGACCUGCAAAUUUAAGAUUUUAAGUCAUUUCUCUACUACUCUUCUCCUUUUGUGGUGUAUAAUCUUUGAAGUGAAGUAUAAAUGGAGUGACUAUAGUUUACUCUAUCCAAUAAAUAUUUGCUCCUCUGCAAACUUUACACAAA